AUGGCCUGCAACGCACUAAUCAGCGCUUUGGAGAAGUGUAGCUGCUGGCAGCGUGCACUAUCUUCGCUCAUUUCGGUCGGAAUUAAAGCAGACAUCGUCACCUUCAAUGCCGCCCUGGGCGCCUGCGCCAAAGCUCAGGCUUGGCCCUUUGCCUUGGAGCUUUUCGGCAACAUGUUGGCUUCAAAACUACAGCCCGACGCCGUGAGCUACAACGUUGUGAUCGGGGCAUGCGAGAGAUCCAGCCAGUGGGAAGCAGUGUUGGCCCUUCUGCGUGAACAGUCGAGCACCUUCGGCAAGCUGGUGGCGGACCUGUGCACCCCGAGCUCCGGCACUCUUAUCACCCGUCUGUUGGAUUUGGAGUCCAAGAGCAACAGCGACCUCUGUCACCUCGUCUGGCGCUUUGCGAAGCUCGCCCAAGCAGCGCGCUUUGAUGUCGACAUUCAUUGUAUCACGAGGGCAGCUACGACAGUGCUGGCAGUGGCCGUGCAUCGCGAUCUGCACUUGUCAGAGAUCAGUACAUACCUGUGGUCUUUAGCAGUGCUCGGCGUGGACGGCCCAGGGGUCCGAAGGUUGUUUUUGCAGCUGAGAAAGAGGCUUGCUGCGGGUCAAGAAAAGUUAUUGCCCCUGAGCUUGCUGGCCAACAUCAUCUGGGCGGUGGCAAUGAUGAAGGACUUGGAGCUUCUUGUCCUGCAGAAGGAGAUGGUUGCACGGUCCAAGAUGGACUUUUGGCAGACCCUAGAUUUUGCCUCUGCUGCAUUGGAAGUCUUGUGGGCAUCUGCGUUUGUCCAGCGGCUGCCUGUUCAAGUCGAAAGCAGCCUAAGCGAGUCCGUAAGAAGAAUAGCUGGCGAACUUGACCGGCGGCCAUCGCCAGCCCUCGCCUCUCCUGCGACUUCUUCCGGCUCUCAGAGAGACAGAGAGUCGGAGUCUCCUCGCAUUCUGCGACGCUACUCCGACCGAGUGGUCGUGUACAAACCGCCGGGCUGGCAGGUGGAUGAUGCUUUGGCAGAGAGGCGUUUGAGACUCUCCUCUUGGCUACACACGGCCUUUGCAGGGCAACAGAAUCUUUUGGAGGACCUUCAGCAUCGGCGAGGCUUCAUCCAUCGCCUCGACGUCCCGACAUCUGGGCUUCUUCUUGUGGCAACAAGCUAUGCUGCAUAUUACGACAUGCAGCUCCAGCUUAUGGCUCGAAGGAUGACGAGACAGUACCUCGUGCUCUGCCACGGCUGGCUUGGAAUGCUUGGAGCGCGAAGAAAGAUCGAGGCCCCGAUCCACUCCCUCGAGGACGGACCCAGCUGGUAUCGGUCCAGCCGGAUUUCCAGCGUCGGCGGACGGCCGUCCGCGACCCUUCUCGAACCGAUCGCCUAUGCAACGAUGGAUGAGAAAGCUUUCACCCUGACAGAAUUUCAGAUUGUUACAGGCAGAAGACACCAGAUUCGAGUCCACACGGCCCAUUGCGGAUACCCAACGAUGAGUGACGCCAGAUACACCGCAGAAGCAACCUUCAAGGACGACUCGUCUCGAUGCCCCCGAAACUUUCUGCAUCGAUACCGCUUGAAGUUUGAGGUGGCAGACAAGGCAACACAGACGAGGUACCAAGAGGUUGAGGAGCAACUCCCGCAGGACCUUGUGAACAUCCUGGACUUGCUUGUGCCAGUCAAUGUCAUUCGCUGCAACGCGCGCAUCUCGUCGCUCCGGGGCAGACGCUGGAGAGAGGGCUUGGAGCUCUGGGCCUCCUUGCCGCAGCAAAGGCUUCGGCCAGACACCUGGAGCCUCAACGCUGCCCUUAGCUGCGCCGCCUCCUCCGGGAGCAGAUCCCGGAGCGGCUCCGGCUGGGCGGUGGUCUUGGCACUGCUGUCGGUGGGCAUCUCCAUCGAUACCGUCAGCUUCAAUCUCCUCCUCACCAGCCUUGCAGAUGCCCAGGCAUGGACAGCAUCGAUGGCGGUGUUGGCCUUGCUGCCCUCGGCGGUGCUGCGUCCGCAGGCAGCGAGCCUGGGACCUUGCAUCAGCGCCAGCUCACGAGCAACGCGAUGGCAGCAGGCAGCUCAAGUCCUUCGUGUCUUUCGCUUUUCCAGCUUGGUGGACCUGGGUGCACGCAACGCAGCCUUGGCCGGGUGUGCUGGAGCAGGGCGAUGGCAGCAGGCCUUCUGCGAGUUGGAAGCUCUCCUCAGCAGUGCUCUGCAGCCUGAUGCUGUGACGUUCAAUUCUUGCUUCAGUGCCUGUGAGACUGCUCGUGUCGGGCAACGAGCCUUGCAGCUAAUGCAGCGCAUGGGCAUCAUCAGCAUCCGACCAACUGCCAUCAGCAUUAACACAAUAGUCAGUGCCUGCAUGAAGGUGAGUGAGUGGGAGACCGCACUCGGACUGCUGGCUGAGCUGCCAGAGAUGGGUCUCCUGCCAGACAUCAUUAGCUAUAACGCUGCAAUCGGCGCGUGCUCCGAGAACUGGCAGCAGGCCAUCGCACUCUUCCAGAAUCUGCUUUCAACGCGACUGUGUCCCGACCAGGUGACGCUGGGUGCUGUAAUAGCAGCAUGUGCGAAUGCCUUGCAGCUUCCUACGAUCGAGACACUCUUGGAACACAUGCGGCAACUGUGCUUGGAGGAGAAUCUGGUAAUCUGCAACAGCUGCCUCAAGGCUUGCGACAAGGCAGAGGCAUGGCAAUCCUCUCUCAUCUUCCUCGAACGAAUGACUUGUCUUGCUAUCCAGAAAGAUGUGCUCAGCUACGGCUCGGCGAUGCGGGCGUGUCAGAAAGCUUUGCACUGGCAAUUGGCGUGCCACCUCUUCAGUCAAAGUGGUUCGAGCAACAUCGUGCCCGAUGCUUUCAGCUAUGAAACAGCGACCACUGCCUAUGCUGCAGCCAGUAGGGCUUUGCAGACCGUAGCCUUGCUCUGGGGCCUCUCCAGUGUCGUCCGACUGCAAAGCCUCGGCGAGAGGCGGCCUUGUCUUGCAUCGUCUCUAACACGAGUACGGACGAUUACGGACACAGGCACUCUGGCAACCGAGCUCGAGGUCGCAGAACGGGAGCCAUUUUUGACGAGACUCUCGGCCUCGGCGUUCCCGCGUAAGCUCGGGCGCACGAAGGCUCUGUCACAGCAGCACGACGUGGAGCUUCCUCUGAGAAAUGCAGUGUCUUCUCGGCUGUACACGCCUCGCCUGGCGACAUCCGUGCUCACGGGCCUCGCGCAAAGAAAGCAAGCGAAGGCUGCCGGACAGAUCUUGCGCUGGAUGCAAGACGAGGAGCUCGAGGUCAAUGUGUUUCACACCUCCGCUGUUCUGUCUGCUUGUUCGAGAAGCAAGCAGUGGCAGCUGGCCCUGGACUUGCUGGAAUGCCAGCAUGUCAACGAAGUCGGAUUCAACGCCUUUCUUGACUCCUGCGAAAAGGCUGGGCACAUGGACCUAGCCUUCAAGAUGUUUUCGACGAUGUCAGAGCGGUCCCUGCAGCCAGAUGUCAUAAGCUGCAACACGGCCCUGCGCGCAGCGAGCUCCUCCCAACACUGGCAGCUGGGACUCGCCUUCCUCGAUGGAGCUGAGGUCGACGUGAUCAGUUACACAUCAUGUAUGAACUGUUGCCAGGGGGACUUGUGGCAGAUUGCACUGGCUUUUUGGGAUCUGAUCCAAAUCGCACACUUCGAGCCCAGCUCCAGGGCUUUCAAUUCGGCCAUCCAUGCAGUUCGUGCAGAGUGGACAGUGGCUCACCAGAUUUUCCAAGAAAUGCUGGCAUCGGGGACGUCGGCGGAUCAGUACACCUUGAGCUCUUUAGUUCACACAUCUUGGGAACUGUCUUUCAGCAUCAGAAGCAUUGGACUCGCCCGGAUCGACAGGGCCGCAUGCAACGCACUUCUGGACAGCGGGCCUUGGACUGUAGGCUUGGCGAUUUUGCAGGAGAUGCAGCUAGACAGGAUUUAUGUGGGGUGUGUCGGCUACACAGCCUUGGGACGAGCAAUUGGAUCUCUUCGCUGGAGCCAGGGGGAAGCCCUCUUGUCGCAGAUGCGCCGAAUGGAGGUGCAGGCGGACAGCUUCUCCACAAACUUGGCGAUUGGUCUUUCCGAAGAGGGUGACUGGCAAUCCGCUUGCUCGGCAUUGCGGGAUGUGCCGGGAACUUCUCUGGCGCCAGACGAAAUUGGUGUCAGCACGGCUCUCAGCACAUGCGAGCAGUCGUCACAGUGGCGCUGGGCAGCACGGCUCUUCUCGCACACGGAAGCUGUGCAGAAGAUUGGCUCCAGAGUGGUUGCCAACAAUGCGGCCCUCGGUGCUUUCGCAAAGAGCCUUCAGUGGGGCUGGGCAAUGUGUCUUCUACACCAGAUGCUUGAAGGCACUACGCAGCCCGAUGUGGUGUCACUCUCGACCUCCAUCAGCGCCUGUGAGAAAAUUGGCUACUGGAGAGUGGCCCUCUUCAUCUUCACGGCUUUCAGAAGCGCGCAGCUCAAGGACCCCGGUGCUGUCUUCGGCUGCAGCGCUGCGAUCAAUGCCUGCGAGAAGGGUCGGCAGUGGCGGAUUGCUUUGUCUACACUGAGCCGUUCGCGGCGCAAUCGGGUGCAGCUCAGCGAGAUAUCUUUCUCUGCUGCCAUCAGCGCAUGUGAAAAAGGCCACGAGUGGAGGUUCUCCCUGCUGCUGCUCGAUGCCCUCGCACCAGCGAGCCUCCAAAUGGGCGGCGUUAGUUUCGAUGCGGCCAUUAGCGCCUGCCAGAAAGGCGAAGCUGCAUCGCACGGAACAAGUGGGCACAGUCUGGGUGCUGCUCUCACAGCCUGUGAGAGAAGUGGGAAUUGGGAUGUGGCUUUGGAUGCCUGGCAGAGGAUGCAGAGCCAAUGCUUGUCAUGGGAUGAGACAAGCAUCAGUGCAAUUGUCAAUUCGUGUCGCAAUGGUGGUCGCUGGCAGCUGGCGUUGCAGAUCACCAGCUCAGGUUGUAUGCCCUCGCACUUGCGAUCAGCGGGUGUGGGCGCCUGCGAAGCAUCGGAUGUGCCGGCAGAGGGUCUUGGUGUCGGCGUCAUGCUGAAAAUGAAUUGUUUGCGCCCGCUCGUGGUUCUCAUACACAGUGCAGUGCGAGCAAUCAAAGCUCCCUCCAUAGGUGCAGAUCUUACACCACUUCUCAGGGUGAAGGAGACGCUUGGACGGGCGCCUGGCAUCGAGGAGGCCGUGCAAGAAUGGAGGAGGAGUCCCUGGCUGGGAACGGGAUUCCUUGGGGACGUUGCAAAGAAGGAGGGGCCGGAGGCCGCCGUGGGAGUCUUGGAGUAUCUGUCUUCACGAGAUGUGGAGGUCAACACGUUUCAUUACAACUCUGUCAUCUCGGCGAGCGGGAGGGACUGGGAGUUGGCGCUGCAGCUACUGGAGCAGAUGAAAGACGGGACGGUGUCGCCAAGUGAAGUCACCUACGGUGCCGCCAUCAAGGCCUGCAGCAAAGGCAGACACUGGCAGCAUGCGCUCGGAUUAUUGUUUGCAAUGGGGCUCGAACCCAAUGUGGUCGUGUAUACUGCUGCGAUCAGCUCAUUAGAGACGAGAGCACAAUGGGAAAUUGCCGUUGCACUGCUUGAGCUCAUGUCCACGCAGUCCCUCCGUGCGGAUGUGACCUGCCUCAGCGCAGCCAUGCGGACUGCCAAGAAGAACUGGGAGAUUUCUCUGCAGCUGUUCGAGAGCAUCGUUGACAAGGAACUGGCACCGGACCUUAUCAGUUUCAACACCCUGAUCAGCUCGUGCGAAGAGCAGGGCCUUUGGAAGGAGUCAUUGCAGAUCCUGAACUCUGCGUCUAAAUUCACUUUGCAUCCGAACGCGGUGAGCUAUAAUGCUGCAGUGGCCGUUCAACGAUCUGCAGGAGAGUGGGAGGUAGCGCUCAGUCUGCUGGACGAGAUGCGAUCAAGUGGCCCUUUGCCGGGUCUCAUCACUUACAACGCCUGCAUCAGCUCUUGCCAAAUGAGCGCUGUGUGGGAAGUGGCCCUGCGCCUUUUCGAGGAAGCCAACCGUGUCGGGCUGCAGGCUGACGUCAUUAGCUUCACUGCCGUGAUCAGCGUGUUUGGGCAGGUCCGCCAGACUUGGCAGCGCUCACUACAACUCCUGCAGGACAUGGAUGGAUUUUCUGUUGUGCCAAACGCCCUCACAUAUGGCGCAUGCAUCGCCGCAGUAGCACGGGCUGAGCAGUGGCAGACAGCCUUAGCAUUGCUGGUCAAGGCUUGUCGCCAGAAAGCGGCCCUAGUAGCAACCUUCAAUGCAGCCUUGAGUGCCACGGAAAAGGGGGAACAAUGGCAGAAGGUCUUGCAGCUCCUCGAGUGGAUGGAUGCCCUGUCAGUGAUACCGGAUGACAUCAGCUGGAACUCUUGCAUCAGUGCCUGCGAGAAGUGUGGACAAUGGCAGACAGCUCUGACAAUGCUUGACACCAUGACGCACAGAAAUCACCAUCCCGACGAGAUCACGUUCAACGCAGCGAUCAGUGCUUGCGAGAAAGGUGGUCAGUGGGAGAUGGCAAUGGUGCUGCUGAGUGCUAUGCCAGAAAAUCGAGUUGCCCCUGGGGCCGUCAGCAUCAAUGCCGCCAUGGGUGCUUGUGGGGCGCGAUGGCAGAUGGCAUUGCUUCUACUCUUCGGCAUGCCGUCCUUCAAGGCUCAGGCAUCUGUGGUCAGCUUCAGCACGGCGAUGAGCGCCUGCGAGCGUGCAGGCGAAUGGGAGCUGGUGUUGAGCCUGCUGAGCUCCCAGCCUGCCAUGGCCAUGGAUCCGGUCUGCGUGAGUACAGCGAUUACGGCCUGUGGCAAGGCCAAUCAAUGGCCUCUAGGCCUCUUUCUUCUAAGGUCAAUCGCAGAACCUGACAGCGUCUGCUUCAAUGCGGCCAUCAGCGCCUGCGCAGCCGAUCCUUACCAGUGGCACUUGACCUUGGACCUCUUGCAGAGUAUGAAGGAGCGAGGAAUGCCUCUCAGCGAGAUUACGUUCAGCGCCAUCAUCAGUGGCUUGACACACUGGGCCCUCGCCGUUCAAAUAUUGGAGGAGAUGCUACAACAGAAGAUCUUUGCGAACGACAUCACUUACAGCUGCGUGAUCAACGUGUGCACCAAGGCGACUCAAUGGGCUCCAGCUCUCGAGUUGCUUCGGUUCUUUUCCACCCAGACCACGCCUAAUCUCAUCGCGUACACUGGUGCCAUAUGUGCAUGUGAGGAGAGUUGCCAGUGGCGGGCGACAUUGGACAUUUUGCAGCAGAUGUCUGAAAGACGCAUCGCUCCGAAUUUGCCGAGCCUUAGCAUGACGACUGAAGCACUCUGGAAGAGCAGCCAGAUGCAGAUGGCCGGGCAACUUGCAGGCCGAAUCUCGCAGGAGACACUGCUCUUCUUCAUGUCCUUGAGAAGAAUUGUCGAUGACGAAGCUGCCGCACAAAGGGCCACAUCUUCGAGUGGGGGAUGA